ACUCGUGUCGCCAGGAUGUGAUAUACUUAUUGAUAUUAAAAUACCUAUUUUAGUGAAAAACACAUUAUUGUCCGAUAUUAGUACCUUCUGCCGGACGUAGUCUUUACUACCUAUUCAAAUUCGUCUUUAUAUAUUCUGAAAGAGCCAACAGUUCUUCAGUACGUUUUUAACCGUUGUACACGUAUACGCUCCGUCUCUAAAAAUUUUAGUGAGUUUAAAAUUUUUACAAGUGUUUAAACAUUUUAUUAUUUUUCUUUUCGUUUUCAUUUUAAAUAUGUUUAAAUGCGAGCAGUGCCCGUCGGUUUUCACACUUAAAGAUAACUUGGUUGUUCACCAAAAAACUCAUACCGGUAUUCGUUUUCCAUGUACUGUUUGUGCGUCAACAUUCACUCUCAAAACCAACUUGAACAAACACAUGAAAAAUAUGCAUGGUAUUGUACCAGCUCAUCGUCAACCCUAUGCGCAGCUCAACCAACCGGUUGCAUCGAUCGAUGUUCAACCCACUCGACAGAGUGUCAUAAAGUUCGCGCCACGCAUUGCUCCACAGGGGGGCAUACAGAUUGGUCCUCAAAUUUUCGUCCCCGAUAUCCCGGCUGGUGGCUCGAACAUGGUAUCCGAGGACGAGAUUUGCAUGGCAGCCAUGGACGAAUUUGAAAAAGUUCAAGACGGUAAUACAGACUCUUAUACAACUACGGGCGUAAACGGUAAACGAGUUUCCACCGCCAACACCACUUCGGCUGCUAGAGCGAAAAAAGCACGCAUGGAUAUGGCGAAGUCCCCCGGGUUAGUUGAAAUUUCAUCGUCAGCGGGUCGAAAAAUCAUCUGGUAUUUCGCUAAAAAUUUAAAUAAUGUUAAAAAUUAUACCGACUUUCUACGUCCUCUUGCACCGGCUCUGGCAGACAUGUUGAAAAAUAACGUGCAGCAACAUCCAAUAAAAUUUAACUUGAAGCUCGAGGCUACUUAUAACCGAUCAAACGUACCCAAUUCGUCCGAAAAUAGAGCGUUUAAAACGUCAGCAGUUGAAGUUUUUUCGGAAAGUAACAUUCCUGAGAUUAUUGAAAGGGCUUAUAUAAAGUUAUUGGUCGAGGAAGAAGCUUAUACUAGCAGAGGAAGCGGGUUUACCCUGGAAUCUAUAGAUGGGCUAUUGUUGGCCGUGUACAAAUACACGCCGAUGGACGGGUCGUCAUACAUACCACUGCCUGCGUAUAUCGAUAAAAAGAAGGGUACAAUUAACCCUCAAAACAGCGAUCAAGAAUGUUUCAAGUGGGCGAUACUAGCGCGGUAUGUGACAGGGCCGUCGGUAUACCGUAUAGGAGAAAAUUAUAGACAACAUGAGGACAAACACAAUUUCAAUGGUAUAUCGUUCCCGACUCCGAUGUCAGACAUAUCAAAAUUUGAAAAAAAUAACCCGACUGUCUCUGUGAAUGUAUAUGGGUUAGACAAAAAGUUUCAGCCACCGCGUAAAUAUCCGACGUAUGAGGUGUACCCGCUACGUGUCGUUGAUGAGGAGAAAGCCAACCACUUUGAUCUGUUGUUGGUAGCAGACGAAAGCGGGUCGCAUUACAUCUACAUCUCGAAUUUUUCCCGCCUUAUACGCUCUCAAAAGACUGGACAUAAAGAGAGUGUCGUAUUUUGUAAAAGGUGCUUUACCAGCUUUGACAAUCAAAGAUAUAAAUAUAAAUUGAAUGGGCGUGACGCGUUAACUCAGCAUAAGCUUAUAUGUGAUGCACAUAAGCCAAUAUUACCGGUGAUGCCGAAAGAAGGUGAGUGUCUGCAAUUUGAAGCAUGGAGAAACACUCAGAGGCAUCCUAUAGUGAUAUAUGCAGAUUUCGAAACUAUACUGAUGAAGAUGGAUGAUAAGAAUGAGGGAAAUACAAAAAUAAUGCAUAGACAUGAAGCGAUGAGUUAUGGACUCAUUGUGAAGGCUAGCGACGACGUACCGAUAGAGCUAUUGGCGAGACAUGAGAUAUCAACGGAACCAAUAUUAUAUCGAGGAAGUGAGAGUCGACAGGACGUGACGAGACAUUUUGUCGAAACCGUGUCUGAAAUAGCAUUAAAGAUAGAGAAGUUAUUGAAGACGAAUAUUCCGAUAAAUAUGUCCGCAGACGACAUACAAAUUCAUGAAGCAGCGACGCACUGCAAUCUAUGCAAAAUCGAGUUUACCCCACCUUCAGAGGUACUAUAUCGUAAGACAGCUGACCAUUGCCAUCUCACAGGAAAAUACCGUCAAGCUCUCUGCAAUGUAUGUAAUCAAAAACUACAAACACCCGUUUUUGUACCGUGUUACUUCCAUAACUUGUCCAACUAUGACGCGCAUCUGAUAGUCACAGAACUUGGUUAUGACACCCAGACUAUUAGAACACUUUUAGAUUUAUGGCAUCAAGUCUGUCAACUCUAG